AACGAUUUUAAGGGAUGAUCCUCACCCAAUGAUUGUAGGCCGACAGGGAUUGGUUCUUAUUGGUCAGUUUUGAAUGAUGGAGAUGAAAUAUUUGGGUAUAAAUAGUUGUGAUUUGCAGUGAGGACAUCUUCAGUUGCAGAAUAGGUUUGGGAUCUUAAGGAAUAUGGAGUGUCAGAAAAAGGAAAAACAGGACAGAGUCAGUGAUUUUAGUAUAGACCAUAUUUUGAAUCGAGCUGGUGAAAAAUGUACGUGUGUUCGGAAGUGUGAAGCUACUGUUGUGGAUAGUGAGAGACAGUUGGAGCCCGAGGUGGCAAUGCCCAUGUUUGAUUGGCUUCAAUAUACUCGAUAUAGGCCACCGAAAAUUCCAAGACCUUUCCGAUCUGGACCUGUUAAAAGAACUCCCGGUAGACUUCCAAGAGUUCCGUUUACACCUGGUCAAUUGAACGCACUAGAAACCGCUUACAAAUCUUCAACGUAUUUAAGUUCCGAAGAAGCAAAUAAAUUGGCUGCCGAAUUAAAUUUAACAAAUACGAGAGUAAAGAUUUGGUUUCAAAAUCGACGAGCACGUGAGCGUCGAGAAAAGCGUGAAAAUGAAGAAAAAAUGGGCAGAGAAUCAUCUUCAUCAGCAUCAUCUAGUCCCGAGCCACAAGUUUUUGUACCACGAUAUCCUUUUUGCUAGUCUCAACUGGGUCAGAAAUGUGAACAUCGAGUGCUAUUGAGUUGAAAACUUUACUUUUAA